CAUUUUAGUUUUUUCUCUCUUCUCUUUCUCUCUCUCUCUUUUUCUCGCUUUCGUUUCGUGUUUUUGCUUUCGCUUUUAGGAGGCUGGAGAGAGAAAAAAUUGGGGGUUUUUGGAAUCUAGGGUUUCGGUGGUGGUGGUCGGCCGAAAUUGGGAACGGCUGUUUUGCUUGCGCGCGCGCGCGAGCGAGAGAGAUCCAGGUUUGGAUCGAGAGUUACCAAAAGAGGAAAUUUUUCUAGGGUUUUUGGGGGGUUUGCAUUGCUUGGAUUGGGUCUGUGAAAUUAGUUGCGGUUAGGGUUAUUUUGUCCCUAAUCGUAAUUUAUCGUUUAGUGGAUUUGGAGAUUGGUUUUGCGGGAGAAUUAAGAACACUGUUAUACAAAAAUAAGAAAAAAACAAGUUUAAAAUUUGGCAUACUAUUAUUUAUUUUUGAGCUCGAAUGUUAUUGAAGAGAACUGAACAAGUUGAGCUCUUUUGGGCUAAAGUUUUGUUUUUGAGAUCAUUUCUGAGGAUUAAGGGAAAUUACCCAAUUGGGUAAUGAUGGGAUUGUCUUAAAUUUGAUUCAGGUUUUGGCAUUGUUUGGCAGAUUUGGAUAUCUGGGAAAUUUCUGAAAGAUUUGUCGAGGGGGGGGGACAUUGCUUAUUGUCACAGUUGAUAUGUGCAGUUAUUGGAGGUUUAUCUUAUGGCACCCACUGUUCCUAUAGAGUUCAUUGGACAGAAAGAAUCGACCCAGUUUUCACAUUUGCAAGUAAUGGGGAAGUCAAGGAAGUACUCUAAAGGGCUUUCCACUGGUUUUGUUCCAGAUUACCGUCAUGCCGUUGUUGAGACGAUGGGUGAAUCUGAAGGGUUUGCUACCUCAGGACGUGUAAAUGUGGUUUCUGAGGAUUCAUAUGCCCCUAAGAGGAAAUGCAUUAGCUUGAAUGCUGAUGGUUAUGAUAAUUUUGGUAUCCCCAUGGAGGUUAUGUCUAUAUCAAAGAUGUCGCGGACUGAAAGGAAGGAUUUAGAGUUUAGGUUGAAAAUGGAACUCGAACAGAUCCGGGUUCUUCAGAGGAAAGUUGCUAGUAUAAGUGCAAAUCCUAUUUUACUAUCACCGUCUAGUGAUAUCCGGAGCAGUAGUGACGGGCAAAAGAGGCCUCCACUAGAUGUUUUUCAGAGGCCAUCUGAAGUUGCCGCCCCACAUGGCAAGAAACGGCCUCCUCCAGGACGUAAUGGUUCCCGUAUGAAAAAGAGUACAUCGGGGCGUUUUGAAACUGUGAAAGGGGCUGCACCAGCGAGCACUUCCAAUGAUGCGUUAAUGGAAAGAUGUAAGACAUUGCUGGAGAGUAUGAUGGCACAUCAGUCUGCCUGGGCAUUUAAUGAACCAGUUGAUGUUGUUAAGUGGAACAUUCCGGAUUAUUUCACUGUCAUUAAGCAUCCAAUGGAUUUGGGUACAAUUAAGAGUAAGAUGGCUUCAGGUGAAUAUACCAAUCCAGCAGAUUUUGCUGCAGAUGUGCGGCUUACUUACUCGAAUGCUGUGACUUACAACCCUUCCACAAAUGAAGUUCAUCAUAUGGCCAAAGCACUAAGUAAAUUUUUUGAAACAAGAUGGAGAACUAUUGAGAAGAAGCUUACAGUUAGGACUGAUGAGAAAUCACAGCCUUCAUCAAAACCCGUUCUAAUAGAAAGUGAAACUACUACUCAAAUUCCACCUGCUAAAACGAAGAAAAGCCUGGCACAGAAUGAUGCUAGUGUUAAGUCAGAGCUUGAUAGGCAGAUAAUGCCUGCUGAACCAAAGCAGGUAAUGACUGCUGAGCAGAGGCAGGAAGUGGGUGCAGAUUUGCAGGCUUUGAUGACAGAGUUGCCUGAAAAUAUUGUUGAUUUCUUGAGACAACAUAGUGAUGAGCAAACUGAUGAGGAUGAGAUUGAAAUUGGUAUUGAUGAACUCAGUGAUGAUACCCUGUUCACACUAAGGAAGCUUUUAAAUGACUACAUGCUGGAGAAGCAGAAAAACCAGCAGAAAGCCGAACCUUCUGAAAUGGAGCUUAAUAAUGAGUCAGGGAUUAGCAAUUCAUCGACACAACCAUGUAAAGGCAAUGACCCAGUUGACGAGGAUGUGGAUAUUGUUGGUGGUAAUGAUCCUCCUGUUUCAAGUUACCCCCCAGUAGAGAUAGAGAAAGAUGCAGCAAAUAGAAACAGUAAAUGCAGUAGUUCAAGUAGCUCCAGUAGUGAUUCAGGCUCUUCAUCCAGUGAUUCAGAUUCAGGCAGUUCUUCUGGGAGUGAACCUGAUGCUGUUAAAGCUUCAGCUCCUGCUAGUGCUAUUAAAGAAAACUUGGGUUCUGGAUCAAAUCUAUAUCAGAAAGAAAGUGAUCCUGAUGACGCAGAAAUUGAAAACAAUUCAAUAGAUGGGAUGGGGCUAGUUGAGCAGGACUCCCAGUCCAAGCCAAUUUCUGCUGAGGCAGAUGGCCAUCAAGAUGGGGAGAGUGCUCCAUCUAAGAGGCAAGUCUCUCCCGACGACAAGGCUUAUCGUGCAGCUCUGUUGAAGCGUCGAUUUGUGGACACCAUAUUUAAAGCACAAGAAAAGGCACUUGAAAAGGGUGAAAAGGUGGAUCCCGAAAAACUCCGAUUAGAGAGAGAGGAACUUGAAAGGCGGCAGAAAGAAGAAAAAGCACGGUUGCAAGCAGAGGCCAAGGCUGCUGAAGAGUUUCGAAGGAAGGCUGAAGCAGAAGCUGCAGCUGAGGCCAAAAGGAAGAGGGAGCUGGACAGAGAAGCUGCACGUCAGGCGUUGUUAAAGAUGGAGAAGACUGUUGAAAUCAAUGAGAACAGUCACUUUUUGGAAGAUCUAGAAAUGCUUAGGGCUUCACAUAAUGAAGAUGCACCAAGUUUUAGAGAAGAGACAAUCUUAGACGUGUCUCAAGAUGUGUAUAACUUCAAACUGCCGGGGAACCCUCUGGAACAACUUGGACUAUACAUGAAGGCGGAUGAUGAGGAUGAUGAAGAAGAAGUUGAACCGCCCAAGAGUGCUCCAGAACCAACAGAUGAUGUUGAGGAAGGAGAAAUUGAUUAAUUAACUAAUUUCUUCAAAUAGUGGUACUAAUUGAGGAGCAAGAAUUGAAAAUGGUGAUCUUGUGGAACAUUGGCCAUGCACCUUGGAUCUCCAUUUACAUUGUUUUGGCUUAAGGGCCAAUUUGAUUGUGUGCUUCAAGAUGAAACGGAAGAAGCAUGAUCAACAACCAUGGGUUUGGAAUGGGGUUUGGGUUUGGGUUCUUUAAGAUAAAUUUUUGGUUUUGGAUUGGGAUGAGGUGUGAAUUAUUGGCAUAUGAUUACUUUGUCACCCAUGGUGGGAUGUGCUGUGGGUUUUUGAUGGAAGAGAUGUAUCAAUCAGGAUAUUCAAUUUUUGUUUGUAAAAAUGAAAUUCAUAUAUGUAGUUAGUGGUAUUAAAUUUUAGUGAAGGUAGAGCCGUAGAGGUCCAGUUCCAAUUGUAAAAUGUUCAAAAGCUGAGACAAAUGGCAUUUUGUUUUUUUU